UGAUGGUGAUGAGGGAAACAAGCGUGGAUAGCGGCGUUCCUUCUCCAUCCAGGUAUCCUUGGAAGGAGGAGAGCCAUGGCAUCCUGGUGGGGCCUCCUCUUCCUCUUCCUUUGUGUCCAGCUCGGGGGCAGCCAGAAGAAGAAGGAGAAUCUUUUAGCUGAGAAGGUGGAACAGCUUAUGGAGUGGAGUUCAAGGCGCUCAGUUAUCCGCAUGAAUGGAGACAAAUUUAGAAGAUUUGUGAAGGCCCCACCUCGCAACUAUUCGGUGAUUGUGAUGUUUACAGCUCUCCAGCCACAGAGGCAAUGCUCUGUUUGUCGGCAGGCUAAUGAAGAAUAUCAAGUCCUGGCUAAUUCAUGGCGCUACUCAUCUGCAUUUUCAAACAAACUUUUCUUCACUAUCGUUGAUUAUGAUGAAGGUGCUGACGUUUUCCAGCAGCUCAAUAUGAACUCUGCUCCUACGUUCAUGCAUUUCCCUCCAAAAGGUAAGCCCAAGAGAGCUGACACAUUUGACCUGCAGAGAAUUGGAUUCGCAGCAGAACAGUUAGCUAAGUGGAUAGCUGACAGAACUGAUGUUCAUAUUAGAGUAUUCAGACCACCAAACUAUUCAGGUACAAUUGCACUGGCCCUCCUGGUGUCUCUGGUCGGUGGCUUGCUCUACUUACGGAGAAAUAACUUGGAGUUUAUCUACAACAAGACGGGCUGGGCAAUGGCAGCACUGUGUGUCGUUUUUGCUAUGACUUCAGGCCAAAUGUGGAAUCAUAUUCGUGGGCCCCCAUAUGCUCAUAAAAAUCCUCAGAAUGGGCAAGUGAGCUACAUACAUGGAAGCAGCCAGGCACAGUUUGUUGCAGAGUCUCAUAUUAUCCUGCUCCUGAAUGCUGCUAUCACCAUGGGAAUGGUUCUUUUGAAUGAAGCUGCUACCUCCAAAGGAGAUGUUGGUAAAAGGAGAAUAAUAUGCCUGGUGGGACUGGGUCUCGUUGUUUUCUUCUUCAGCUUCUUGCUGUCCAUAUUCCGCUCCAAAUACCAUGGAUAUCCAUACAGCUUCUUAAUUAAGUGAAUUCAAGUGAGAUUAGCAGAAGGCUAAUGUUUACUAGGAAGAUAAGCAGCUCCUGAUAGUAUCUGCUUACCAACAUUACAUUUCCUCAAGAAACUUUGCACUUGGUUCAUCUGCUUCCUGUGAUAAAUUUCAGCAUUUGUGUGGAGGACAAUAUUAUGUUUGUACCUUAUUAGCAAAUGAUUCAUUUAAUUUAUAAUGCAUAGCAAAUACUGGAUAUCUAAGUGAAAGAUAUGGUAAAUAGGAAUGGGAGUAUGAUAUGCUUGAUGAUCCUGAAUCGAAAUAAAGUUAACUUUAGUGAGAAAGUAUUCUUUUUUCUGAUUGUUGUUGUUGUUGUUAUUCUGUUGCAGCUGUGUAGACUGUGGCUGGAAAAAAGUCAAAACAUUUGAAAUUUUGAAACUGUACUCCUGUGGCAUAAAGUAUUGUAAGAUUUAUUAGAAUUAAACCAGCUCUACCUAAUAAAGAAGACAAAG